GUGGUGCGCAGAGAUAUUUCUCGAAUAUCGCGCUCCGUGAGAGUCACCUGAGAGAUAUUCUGUGGAUAGCAAUUUUUACGAAUAUCGGUGUUCGCUACGGUCCCAGUGUGUUGCCUUCGCUAGACAAUACCAGAACGCUCACGUCGCCAGGCACGUCGCCUAAUAGAAGGCUCGGGAAGUCUUGAAGCUCACAUAAUACAAACGGCGAGCAUGACGGAGAGGGAGGCACGUUUCGAUCAAAUCCUGCUGGCGUUGGCGGAACAGCACGAAGGUGGAGUACCAGAUCUCCUGAGCACCAUAUUCAGUUUCUUGAGCAGGAAAACAGAUUUCUAUACCGGUGGGAAGCCCGGCGCCGCUAGGACACUGUUGCUGGAAAAGUUUUCGAAAUUCGAGGAAAAGGCUCUUGCUGAACAGCGGAAGAAAGAGAAGGAGCUCGCUGAGAAGAAGGACCUUCUGAAAAAGACGCUCGAGGAUGAAAAACGCCGCAGAGAGGAAGGAGCGUCCAUUGAAGAAGUGACUGAUGAGCAGUCUAAGCGAAUUCAGGAAGAAAUCGAAGAGGCGAAGCGAGCUCAGGAACAGAAAACCAAAGAGCUCAACGAGACCAAGUUGAAAGCUGAGGAAGCGAGAAAACUGAAGAAGAAGUCCGAUGACGCUGAUGGUGACGACGAUGAUGAGGAGCUCAAGAACGCGGGGAAAGUCAUGCCGAAUGAAAACAAUGGCUGCGAUCUCGAGUACUAUUCUUGGGGACAGACUCUUCAAGAAAUCGAACUGAAGGUGAACGCACCGAAAGGAAUAAGUCUUCAUAAGCGAGACAUCAUUGUGGAAUUCUCCAAGAAGAAACUCAAGGUAGGCCUCAAAGGAUUCCCCCUGAUCAUUGACGGUCAGCUGUAUAAUGAGAUCAAAGUCGAGGAUUGCUGCUGGGUCUUGGUAGACAACAGGAUCGUCAUCACAAUGGAGAAGAUAAAUCAGAUGGAAUGGUGGCCCCAUCUUGUCCUGACCGACCCUGUGAUCCGCACCGAUAAGGUCGAUCCGGGAUCUUCCAAAUUGUCUGAUCUCGACGGUGAAACUCGUGGCAUGGUCGAGAAGAUGAUGUACGAUCAACGGCAGAAAGCUAUGGGCAAACCCACGUCGGACGAACAGAAGAAACAAGAAACUCUGAAGAAGUUCAUGGAACAGCAUCCUGAGCUGGAUUUCAGCCAAGCCAAGUUUUCGUGAAAUUCGCUGCCUUCAGCCCGAUCGGAUUCGGCAUCCAGCAUCGAUGAGAUCUUUUUUAUUGGCUGCAACUUGAGCAGGAGGAGCUCCUCUCGUCGGACAUCCGAAGCGUAGACGAGCUGAGAAUUCGAGAGAGCUGUAAGAGAUUUUAUUUAUCCUUCGAACGUUCGUCUGGGAGCGCCGUGGUGUCGUGACGGAGCGGACCCGACCCGCCUUCAUUUGAAUAAAACGAGACCGAGUGGAAUGGAAAAAAA